AUGGAAGGAUUUAAAAAAGCUGCAAAAGCUAAUAAAGCUGAUUCGAAAAAAACACAAUUAUAUAAGCAUUGGGUCAGACCACGCUUCCUUCAGUACGACUAUAUGUACGACUAUAGACUCAACUAUUAUGAUGACAUUAUUGAUUACUUAGACAAGAAAGAUCGUGGCAUCAAGUCAGAAAUUCCAAAGCCCCAAACAUGGGCUGAAAGAGUUUUAAGGACUGUUAAAGAUAAACCACAUUCAUCAUCCUAUGAGGCUUAUGAGUCAGCCAAUCGUUCUUCAACACGUGACCAGAGACUGAAAAUUACCAUCACCAACCAAAUCAACAGCUACAAUUAUCAUACAAAGAGCUACACAAACAGGAAGUAUGCUAGCAUCUUGUAAAAUAGAAGCAAAUGACCCACUCGAUCGCUUUGCUUUUGCAAUUACCCGAAU